ACUGAACACUCUGACGUCCCAUACUUUUAACCGGAAAAGUGAAUGUAAACAAAGCAACUAGUUGAGAUUGAGAAGUGCGAGUAGAAGGUUCUCCCGCUGUGGCUUUAAUGUGACUGUAAUAGUUGCUCGUUUGUAAACGACGUAUGCAUGUAAUUUGGCGAACCGAGUGAUACACGUAUCCUUAUUUCUGCGAUCUGUAUUUCGACAACAGGCAACAGACAUGGCUAGCUUCCCUACUGUGAGCUAGCAUUAGCAAUACAGCUAAUCCAACUGCGCUGACAAUAAAGUGUAAGAUUCCAGCACCAAUGCCUCAGGAAGGAGAGCAGUCUCUCCCGCUGGUUCGCUCCCUGAACAGUCACAUACCCGUCAGUGCCUUGUUUCGUAACCUCAGUCCCCGUGUUGUGCGACCACUGUGGAUAGACUACCGCGGGGAACCUCGGGCGUACGUUGACUUGCAGCCGGGAACAGGACGGGAAAUGGCCACGUUUAUCGGUCAUCCAUGGAUGUUCAGGGAUGCAAUUUCUGAUGAGCCACUUAAAGUGAACGGCAAAGAAUUGUUUCUUCCUAAACCAGAAGAGGGUAGAAAUGCUGAUAUCAAUUUACCAGUCUACAGCCUCAAGGAUCGUGCUCUUCAGGUUAUUCGGCGUCUGGUACGAGCAGAAGACUACAGGAGGUUGGAAAUAGCUCGAUGUCUCCACGAGGAGCUGGAAGAUCAUCCCAGUGUUCUGAAAGAUCUGCAUCGCAUGAACCAGCGAGUUGAGCAGCAUCUGCUGGAAAGGAUCCAAUGCCAGGAGGAAUGAGUUAUAAAACUGUAUGGAUAAUGGCCACGUUUUGACAACAAUAUUAUAUUCUACACGAUUAGAAUUAAAGAAGCCUAAAUUUGUGAAAUUUAAAAUCAGAUAUUCAAGUUACUUUUUAAAUGAGGGAGCGAGCAGUAGUUGCAAAAUCCUCUCCUGAGGUCUCACAUUUACUGCAAAUGAUGAUCUGCUAUUUGCUAUCUUAUUGCAUUGGCUUCAGCGUGGCAAAUGCUGUCUUCUUCAGAAAAAAGGUCUAACUAAUAUUUACCUUUUUAGGAAGAGGAGAUUGUAUAUAAUGUGAUUGCAACAUAUUCAAAUCAAUUGUAUUGUUUUUACUUUUAAAUAAAUAUUCAAGCAUUUAAAUGUUUAUUCUUAAACUGCAACUAGGACAUUUUGAUUAUCUUACCCGCUUCUUUUUUUGUCAUAUAUAGCUAGGUUUAUAUAUAUAUCCAUCCAGUACUCCCUCCAAGAAAAUGCUGUUACGGACGGUAAGAUAGAAUUUUUUUCUAAAUUUGAUAUUGGUAUGCCUGAGAUAAGAGGAUCUAAACUUAUCCAAUUUACAUGUACCCUCAAAAACAUCUUACUGAUAUCCUGCUCUGGUAAAUCUGCACUUUUUAUCAGAAUAUACCUGGCACCACAAAGGCUUUUUCUCGCAGCUGAAAAACAAAAUGAUAUAUUUGUCUUUACAAUCCAAGACUAGGCUGUGAAACACUGUAAUUGAGAAUUUAUACUCUUGUUUCAGUUUACUUUGUAAUCUUUUGCAUAUUUUGUUCCUCUGUCGCCAUGUUUAAAAUACAUACAUUGUUACUGUAUUUCAAAGACCUUCACCAUUUGUGAAAUAAAUAAAAGAUAUAUUUCUUAUUGGUUGAAA